UAUAUAUAAAAAAAAGCCUUGCCUGAUAAGUGAUGAAUACAGUCACCACAUGUACACGCAGUGUGGGGUGCUAACACCGAGUAAAAUUAGCCGUUUGCAGAUCGUGUCCACCAAUCACUCUCUCUCUCUCUCUCUUUCUCGAAUUACCAAAACCCGCAAGGGCAAAGUUUUACCUUUAAUGGCGGACGCGGAACCCUACUCUUAAUAUCUCGUAACUGCUAAAAAGGAAAUCUUGUAGAAAAAAAAGCGGCGAAGAAAUCGUUGGGAGUAUGUGGAGGAAUUCGGGUGUGAAUCUGUUGAAACGGGCCUCCAAAUUGGCUUCCCGACCCGAUUGGCCCAGAACCACGUCCCGAUCGGGCCCCCACUGCGCCGGGCCCCUGGCGCCGUCGUUCCGCCACUACUGCAGUAGCUCUGCCGAGGGCUGCCGCCGGGACGAUGGUGAAAAUGUGAUGACUUACGCGGAGGCGAAGAAGCUGAUGAGGCUGGUGGAUGUGGAGGCGCUUAAGGAGAGGCUGGGCGUGGAGGGUAAGGAGGCGAUCUCCUACGCGGAGCUCCUGAGGGCCUGCGAGGGCAUCGGUGUGGCUAAGUCGCCGGAGGAGGCAGCUGCCUUCGCUCGAGUCCUUGAUGAGGCCGGCGUCGUUUUGCUAUUCAGGGACAAAGUGUAUCUCCAUCCUGAUAAGGUGGUCGAUUUGGUUAGGAGAGCAGUUCCACUUUCACUUUUACCUGAAGAUGACCCGUGCAAAAACGAGCUCAAGAAGCUUCAAGAGAAAAAGGAUGAAAUCGACAUGCUGGCCCACAAGCAGGUUCGCCGCAUACUUUGGACUGGGCUGGGCUUUGCUGUGGUGCAAGUCGGGCUUUUCUUCCGCCUGACCUUUUGGGAAUUCUCUUGGGAUGUAAUGGAGCCCAUUGCAUUUUUCACUACCACUACUGGAAUUGUUUUAGGCUAUGCCUAUUUCUUGAUCACCUCAAGGGACCCAACUUAUCAAGACUUGCUCAAGAGGCUCUUCCUCUCGAGGCAGAGGAAACUCAUCAAGAAAUACAAUUUCGAUAUCCAGAGAUUUGUGGAGUUGCAGAGAAUGAACAAAUUGCACCAUGAAUCGUGUGCGAGUAUAAAGAGGCGAACAGGGGUGGAAUUGGACCCGGAGGACCUUUUGCACGGUCAUUGAUUUUCCAACUAUUAUUUCGAAAAUCCAACCAAAAGUGAAAGUUUCCCUUUUUUUUUGUUUUGAGGGAGUUCAUAUAUGACUAAUAUGUGUGACAGCCAACUUUUGGAAGGUGAGGUUGGAGUUUAACUAAUUACUUUUUAUUUUUCUCCAGAAGAGAAAAAAACUUGGAAAGGAACAUGGAUGACAAUGGACAUUUUGAUUAAAGGCUUCUAACCCUUUGCUGCAAUUUUGGGUUAUGUUUUCUAAGGGGAAAAACUAAUGAUCACCCUCAAAUUGAAACAAAAAAUAAAAAAAAUAAAAAAA